AUGUACCACAAGUCACUCUUCCCUGACCUGCCAGUGCCAAAGGUUCCCGAAUCUAAUGUUCACCACCUACUUUGCAAGCGGCCUGACCAGCGGGAGUGGCCAGAUUAUACUUUGUUCGUGAACGUGGCUCCUGGCCAGCGGCAUUGGUUCGGGGAGUUUAUCGAGCGUGUUCACGACGGCGCUACUGCACUAGGUGCUGAUGUGACGGAUGGUGGCCUAGGUCUUCACCCAGAAAAUGGAGAUCUUGUAGGCAUGUUGAGCGAGAACUGUCCAAUCGUGAUUAGUAAGCUUCUAGACAACUCCAAGACAUGA